AACAAAUGUCGUCAACAUCGGAUGCAGAUCUAAUUGCUGCGUUGAACAAUGCUUCAACUCAACUCAAUCGUUACUUUGGAAUUUUCAUCAUUAUUUUUGGUAUUGUCGGCAAUACCAUCAAUACAUGCGUUUUAUCACAACGACCUCUUCGUUCAAAUCCUUGUGCAUGGCUCUUUCUUACUUCAUCGAUUGCAAAUGGUAUUGGUAUUCUUUCAGGUCUUACUUCUCGACCAUUAUCAACUUGGUCUCUUGAUCUAACAAAUACAAAUCAAUUUCUUUGCAAACUUCGUGCUUUUCUCUUAUUCAAUGCAAUCACUAUUGGCUCUUGGCUUAUCAUGUUGGCAACAGUUGAUCGAUGGCUUUCAUCGAACAUUGAUGCUAAUAAACGACGAAGAAGUACAUUAAAGAAUGCUCAAAUCGGUGCAAUUGUGAUUGUCAUCGUUUCAACUCUUAUUGAAACACAACAACUCUAUUGCUUCGAAGCCAAUCUUACUAAUACUCCACUCAAAUGUUAUACGAGAUCAGUAUCAGCAGACCAAGUUGAUAAUAUUCGGGAAAUAAGACCUGAAAGAAUACCAAUACCAUUUGCAAUCGAUGAAGUAAGAAAGAGCCAUGCACAAGGAUUUGAACGAAGAGGUCGUUGUGAUAAAACGCAUGUAUUGAUGGUAUUGCCGACAAUACCAAAAAUAAUGAUGAAAAUUCCAAAGUAA